AUGAACAUAGCGACGAGAUCCCAAACUCCACGCUUCUUACGGCUGCGCCCAGGCGUCCGCCUCAUCUCGACUCGACAAGAGCAACGCGCAUCCUUCUCCUCCUCCGCCGAUAGCAAGCCCCAAAACCACAACCGGGAUGCCGCCACCGAACCCGGCUCCACCUCCGUGCAGGGAGCAAUGUCUCGACGUCUCGAGCAGGCGACAGAGGAGGCCCUGCUAACCGGCGGCACCGCAGGCCGCCGCGCCGUCGAGGACGCCGGCUUCUCGGACGAGCUCAAGGAGCGCCUGCUCAACAAGAUCGCCGACUCCGAGUUCCGCGCAAAACACGCCGGCGCCUUUGACGAGGCGGGCAUCUCGGGCGCUUCUUCUUCUUCUUCACCCUCGGCCGUCGGUACGGGCGGCGGAACCCCCUGGACGGGCGAGGAGGCUCCCGAGGCGGCGGUGCGGCGGAUGCUGGAGGACGCACGCAAGCCGCUGAGCUCUGGCCUUCGCGGGAAACCGAGGCACCAGGACGUGGUGGUGGAUAUGCGGAUGCGGCGCGAGCCGGGGCGGACGGCCGGGCAAAAGUUCGAGGUCGCGCGGGACAAGGCCGCCACGUACGCAGCGACGGCUGCAGCGGCGGCGGGGGCGAGGAGCGAGGAGGAGCGGGCAAACUUCAGGUCGGAGCUCCAGGAGCGGUUCAGCCCGGGGUACAGGGCGAUGCCCAACAGCCUGUCGGGGAUGGCGGCGCUGGCCAACGAGCGGAUCGAGAACGCCAUCGCGCGCGGGCAGUUCAAGAACAUACCGCGCGGCAAAGGAGUCGAGUCGCGAGACGGACGGGCCGACAAUCCUUUUAUAGACACGACUGAGUACAUCAUGAACAACAUGAUCAAGCGCCAGGACAUGGUGCCGCCCUGGAUCGAGAAGCAGCAGGAGCUGGCGCGGGCCGCGAGGGUGUUUCGGCAGAGGUUGAGGAACGACUGGAGGAGGCACGCCGCCAGAACCAUCGCCAGUCAGGGUGGGAGCCUGGCGGAGCAGAUGGCGCGCGCAGAGGCGUAUGCCAGGGCUGAGAUGGUCAAGAAUCCGCGGCGGAGGAACGUGGAUCAGAUGUCAGUGUCCACAAGCUCGACGGAUGAUCCGGUCAUGGUAGCGAUGCGGCAGGCGCAAGUCCAGUUGAAGGAGGAGCUCAAGGAGGAGCUUAAGGAUGUUCCAGAGCAGACGGCACAGCAGGCUGUUGAUGAGCAGACGGUACAGCAGGAGCCCGAUGUGAAACCGGAGCCUCUUGUCUUGUUUCGAGACCCAACCUGGGAAGCAACAGAGAAAUCUUACAUGGAGCUCUCUGUGGCUAAUUUAAAUGCCAUCACACGAUCAUACAAUUUAAUGGCGCCUGAUUUGGCCAAAAAGCCCUACUUUUCCUUGCAGAGGGAGUUGGAUUCAUGCUUCGCCGACGUCGCCCCGUCGUUGGCAAACACGAUAAAGGAGCGGGCGAGGAACCCGGCGAGGCAUACAGAGUCGUCUGGCGCAACGCCAAGGAAGGGUGUGAUGGGCCGUUUAGGAGCCGCGGACUGGACCACCACGAGUAAGAUCUACGAUUCCAAGACGCCUAAUUACGGCCUCAAGGAGAUGUGGCGCGACUUUUGGGCCAAAGGAACUUGA